AUGCGGCUCAGGUCCCGACCCUUGCCCUUGAUCCUCCUCCUCAUUCCCUCCCUGGUUGCAGCCCUAGCGUCCGAGCAGACGAUUCACAACGAGCCACGAGCAGUCGCCGCAGACAUAUCGGUAGCAGAGAUCGCCAAGCGACAAGAUGUUGGCACCAAAGGCGCGCCCGUCGACGGCAGGGAUGGCAUGCCGCAUCAGGGCCCCUUUGUCGACAGGAACCACAACACCGAUGACCUCGUGAAGGACCUUCCACCCCUCGAGGGCAGGCCUGACGAUCCCACCAUUGUUGACGGCAAGCGCAUUCCCGAGACGAACGACGGCGUCAUGAACGACCGUGACCGCCAGAAGCCAAAGGAGGGCACCAUUGGCACCGAGGGCGGCGUCAGCGAGAAGGACAAGGCGCGCAAGGCCGGCGAUAACGUCCCCGAAGCCCCCAAGACUCCCUCGCCCAGCGACCAGGACCGCCCGGAGCAUGAGCACGAACACGGCACGGCUGAUGAGGUAGCUGGCCUAGGCAAACCGGCAGACCUUCCCAAGUCGCUGGACGACAUUCCCCCUCCCGUUCCCGACUCUGCCAACAAAGACCACCUCGAUGUCUCCAAGUCGCAUCCCAAGGGUUCGAGCGCACUCGAGGAGGAGGAUGAAGGCAUCAUUCAGCCCUUCCACUCCUUCGUCCUCUCUCUCACCAUGAUUCUCGUCUCCGAGGUUGGCGACAAGACCUUCCUCGUGGCUGCCUUGAUGGCUAUGAAGCACGAUCGCCUCGUUGUCUUCUCCGCCGCGUUCGGCGCCCUCCUCGUCAUGACUGUCCUUUCCGCCGUCCUCGGCCACGCCGUCCCGACCCUCAUUCCCAAACGCCUGACCUCGUUCGCCGCCGCCGGUCUGUUCUUUGUCUUUGGCGCCAAGCUGCUCCGCGAAGGCAUGGCCAUGGACCCUAACGAGGGCGUCACUGAAGAGCUCCACGAAGUCGAGCGCGAGCUCGCUGAGAAGGAGAAGGAGAGUGCCGCCGCCGGCCGGCGACGCGGCAACUCGCACUCCGUUUCUCCCUACGCCCUCGAGAUGGGUCUCGGCGACGGCGACCACCGCAAGUCGCGCUCCAAGAGCCGUUUCCCCUCCCCGCCACGCUCCCCCUCCUCCAGCCGAUCCCGCAGCCGCUCGGGUGGCCGCUAUGCCUCGGCGGCCAACUUCUUCCAGGGGCUUGGCAACCUGUCUUCCCUGCUCCUGAGCCCGGCCUGGGUGCAGACUUUUGUCAUGACCUUCCUCGGCGAGUGGGGCGACCGCUCCCAGAUCGCGACCAUUGCCAUGGCCGCUGGACAGGACUACUGGUGGGUGACGCUCGGUGCCAUGACGGGACACUGCGUCUGCACCGGCGUGGCGGUCAUCGGCGGUCGCGCCAUCGCGGGGAAGGUCAGCCUGAAAGUCGUCACCAUCGGCGGCGCCCUUGCCUUCCUCCUCUUCGGCUUCAUCUACUUCAUCGAAGCCCUCUACGCAUAG